AUGGCCGAGCCGAGCGUUCUCGUCGUAGGUGGCGGAACAUUCGGCACUUCCACCGCGUACCACCUAUCGCGAACCUAUCAAGACGCCAGCCGCGUAACGGUGGUCGACCGAGGGACUCCCUCUGGCCCUGGCGCGAACAAGGCCGCCGCUAUAGAUGUCAAUCGGAUCAUCCAAACAAACUACGUGAGGCCGCUGUACUGUAACCUCGCCAACGAAGCCAUCCAUCCGUGGUUCUGGGAUCUCAAUCUCGGUCAUUUCUUCCGCAAGACCGGAUGCGUUACCAUUGAUGAAGAAGAUAAUCAGUUCACCGACGCCGUGCGGAGGACACUCCAGCAACGAGGCUCUGAUUACACCAAGGACUUCAAUGUGCAAGAGGCCCGGAAGCGAUGGAAGCCCUUCGAGGGUAUGGAAACCAACGGGCUAGGGACGGCAUUCUUCAAUCCAGAAGCUGGAUGGUGCGACGCUGCACUAGCGACUCCGAAUCUGAUGGCCGCGGCGGAAAGAAACGGUGUGAAAAGGGUUACUGGCGAAGUGGAUGAGUUGUCGUUUGAUCUUUCGCGCAAGAGACUGGUGGGUGUGCGGAUGAAAGACGGCCGGCGCUUGACGGCAGACCAAAUCGUUCUCUCAGCAGGGGCCUGGACAAGCCAUCUGCUCGCGCCAAUAGAAACUCUGCUGCACAUCGCCGCUCGCGACCGAAUCGAACGGCAAAUCACAGCGGUUGGAAGGAUUUCAGCCUACUAUGAGCUAUCGCCCAAAGAGACAGAGGACUUGUGCGAAGCCGGGAUGCCGAUUGUCAUUUACAAAUCCAGCGGCAUAGUGACGCCGCCAUCACGGGAGAACCGGACGCUAAAGAUCAAUGACCUUCAAACCGAGUUCGUCAAUGGAGUGACCGUAUCUGCAGGGACUACGGUAUCUGUUCCCUCUGAAAGGGCCCAGGACGAUGUGCCCCAAAAGUUGAAAGAUGAAAGCCAAAAGCUCCUGAACAUCAUGAUGCCCGAGUUUGCGCAGAGGAAGAGUCCAACCCGAUGGCGAAUAUGCUGGGAUGCAAAGAUCCCAACAGAAGAUUGGCUACUCUGCCGGCAUCCCCAUCCACAGCUUGAAAACCUGUUUCUUGCCGUCGGCGGAAACUUUGACACCUACAAAUUCCUCCCAAUCGCAGGCAAAUACUUGUCCAAUGUCCUUCAAGGGAAGAGUAAUGGCCCGGAAAAGGAUGCUGCGUGGGCCUGGAAAAGUGAAGCCACUCUGAUGAAUGCCGACAGGAGAGAACUGGGCCCCAAGUCGAGAAUAUCGUCAUUACCCGAGUUCCGAUCGUUUGAAGACAGUAGCCGGCCAUCCAAACUGUAG